AUGGCCCUACAGCAGAAAGUUACCAAAUACCAGGAACGCGUAUAUACAGCACUCCAGCAGAUUCCAGAGGGUCGAGUCACAACAUAUGCCGCUAUAGCAAAGGCUCUGGGUAGCUCUCCACGAGCCGUGGGCGGCGCGCUACGCGUCAACCCAUUCUGUCCGGCAGUACCUUGUCAUAGAUGCAUCGCCAGUACCGGGUUUGUUGGCGGCUACAAGGGUGACUGGGAAAAGGCGCCGAGCGGACAGAACCAGGAGUCGAAAUUGGAGCUGCUGAAGGAAGAGGGUGUGUUGUUUAAUCAAAGUGGCUUUUUGAUUGACAAAACCUUGUUGUGGGAUGAGUUCAAUAAGGAGAAGCUAAAGUGA